UGGCCCACCAAACCGUGCUCGUCGCCGCUACCAGAAUCCCCGUUCUCCACCGCCUCCGGCCGCCGCCGCCGCUUCGCCCUCGCCUCGGCCUCCGGCCGACGUUCUCCGGCGCCGCCUUCCGCCUCCGCCCCUCCUCGAAACUGGCCGCCGCGCUCGCCUCCGCCGACCCCUCGUCCUCCUCGGUGACGCGCAGCCACCCACCUACCUCCCCAUCUCCGCCGCUUCCUCCAACACGCGCCGCGCGACUGCAAAGGUAUCGGCCACGAGCUGCACGUCGGCAGCAGCUUAGAGCCAUCCCCUAGCCAUGUAGCUGCGUCCAUGGCGCUGAAGGUCCAGUCCCGCAUGUGGUUUGCGAGACCGCACCUUCUAUGGAGCAGGCUGAUGUGCUGCUCUUUCUCUGAUGCGCCUGCUGCUCGUGCUUCCGCCGCCGGCGGCGGCGGCGGCGGCGGCGCUAGAGGGUGUUCUUCUGAGUUCGAUUCCGCGAUCCGAUCGCUCAGGAUCAAUCCCCAGCCAGAGAGGCUAGCGCAUAUCCUUGAUUCUGCUUCAGAUUUCAACCUGGCCCUUAGGAUAUUCAGAUGGGCUUCAUAUCAGAGAAUGCCCAUUCACACGGUUGACACAUACGCCCGUAUGAUUGCUAAGCUUGGUGAUGCAGGGAACCAUGAUGAGAUAGGAGGAUUUCUGAAGGAGAUGGUCAGAUUGGAUGUACCUGGGUUGGAGAAAGUCAUGAAUGAUUUAGUUCAGUUUUUGAGUGGUAAAAACCGUUUCGAUGAAGCGUUGCUGGUUAUCCAACAUGCUAGCUCUGGUAAUUUCAAGAUUUCAGUCUCGUCUUGUAAUGGUGUUCUGUGUGGUUUGGUCAAGGAAGGGAGGGGCUUGCGGCCGUUCAUGCGUGCCUACAUGGAGGUUGUCAAGGCCGGAGUUCUCCCUGAUGUGGAAACAUUGAAUUGGUUAAUUGAGGUAUUGUGUGAAGCUGGCCAUUUAGAGUUGGCACUGGUUCAAUUUGAUAAGAUGAGCAAGAAGAGGUGCAUUCCUAAUAGCCGUACUUUCAAGAUACUCAUAACAGCACUUUGCUCCCAUGGCAGAGCUGAUGAAUCAGCAGACGCAUUUGAUAAGAUGCUGCAGCUGAGAUGCAUCCCUGAUAGCUCAUUUUGUGUUCAGGUUUUGCCCUUAUUCUGUAAGUUCAAUAAAUUGAAGGAGGCCAGAAAAUUGCAUCAAAUGAUGAAAGAAUAUAAACUUCAGUCAGAUCAGCAUUUAUAUAGCGCCUUGAUUAGAUGCUUAUGCGAGAAUCAACUAUUGGAUGAUGCAGUCACAACAGUUAAUGACAUGAUAGCGUCAGGCCAUGCUCUGAUGAGGAGUACGUUUGUGAACAUUGUAGACUGUUACUGCACACUGGGUCAGUUCCACAAAGCUGUGAACUUUCUUGAGGAAAAUGAUGUUGCUGAAAUUGAAGCAUAUAAUGUAUUGCUGAGAUCAUUGUGUAAAACAGGAAGAGUUCAGGAUUCAGUUAACUAUCUUACAGAAUUACACAGCAGGGGUUUAGUUAAUUGUCAAUCAUGGAAUAUAGUUAUCGCUCAGUUCUGCAACAAUGGGAAUAUUAGAAGAGCAUCUGAGCUCAUCUGUAGAAUGAUAGUCUCCUCUUUUACAGCUGAUGAGAGCACAUAUUCUUCUGUUGUAUCUUGUUACUGCAAGCUAGGUUUGUACAAGAAUGCCUUAGAUAUGUUCAGAAGGCUGGAUGUUAGCAACUUAUCCUUGAAUUCAGAAUCUUUUUCACAGCUGGUAGAGAGCUUGUGCCACAUGAAAAAGAUCCAAGAAGCAGCUGAAGUUUUUAAAUAUCACUGCAAAAGAGGAUGUAACCUUACCAGUGAGUCACUUGAGAUGUUAAUUCAAGAAAGUUGUAUGGUUGGAAUGAUCCGUGAGGCAAUCAAAAUGCGUUCAUUAGCUGUUUGCACUGGUACUUCUUGUACAUUUACCACUUAUAACACAAUUUUCCGAGCGCUACUCCAUUUGAAGAAGGAGAAGGAUGUGUUACUUCUCUUUGCACAUAUGUUGAUGGAAGGCUGUCUAUUGAAUGAGUAUACAUACAACUGUAUUUUGCGUUAUUUCCUUACCAAGGAAACGAUUUUUGAGGCUGCUAUCUUGUUCAACAGAAUGGUGAAGGAUGGUUUUGUUCCUGACCAAGAGACAUUUGAGCUAUUAGUCCCUGAGAUGGCUCUUUCUUCUUUACUUAAUAUGAUUUCAGAAAGUUUGCUAACAGUUGUAAAUAUGGAUGGAAUGAUGAGUCCCAGAAUAUCUAACAUUAUUAUUUAUGGCCUUAUUAAAGAGGGCUUCAAGAGUGAAGCAUGUAAGUUUCUUGAUCAAAUGAUAGAGAAGGGAUGGGUACCUGAUUCAAGGACACAUAGUAUCUUGCUCAGCAGUAGUGGUCGAGAGGAGCCUAGAGAAAGUGAUGAAGUCAACCACACAGUGGAUGAUGACAAUGUAAGCAACAUACUGUUGGAGGGUCUAGAUUAAGAGUCGUAAGACUUCCUUUUAAUCAGUGUGCAAUCACAAGCAGAUAGUUGCACAGCUGACCUUUGAGCUCUAUACUUGUGCGCUGUUUGAGGGACAACAUUUUCAGGCGGCUCUCUUAGGAAAUUCUAUCAGUAAAGAAACAUCAUGAUAAUUUGGAUUUGGUGUGUAUUGUCAUAAUUAUUGGAUGGCAUGGAUGCUCAAGCAACUUUGUUUGUGACGUGAGGGUUGUAAAAGUACAAAUACCUCCAGGAGAUGAGAUGGAUAUAUGGAUAAAGUGGAGAGUAGCCUAACAGAUUCAAUAAGUGAUGCCCUUCAUGUAAUGAACGAUUUACUAUAAUUCACCUUGACCUGAAUAUUGUCUUGAGAUGGGGUGAAUAAACGAAACAAGGAGCUUAACAACGGAAGAUUCAGGAAGGAAGAACAGAGUACUAGUUUACAAAUUGAAGAGUACCACCGUUAUUUGCUUAUUCUGAAAGUUUGAAGAACACAUGUUCUACCUUUUUAGCUCUCCAGAUGGCUGAUUCAAGGUUAAUGCUCCGUCUUUACCGUUUCUGGAGUCCCAACGGAUUGCAAGGCCUAAACGCCUUGUGUGUAAUGCUCAUGGAAGUUACUAGAGAAAAUUUGUAAUGCAAAUCAAAUAUGUAGAAGAAACUUAGAAACUACUGUCAAAUCAAAAAAUAGAUGUCUUAGAUUUAUCCUAGUAAAAUUUUUACUCAUGGGUAAAUCUACGAGUAAAUUUUUUUACUUGUAAUGACGUGGACAAAUCUUAGAUGUAUUUUUUAAUCCAAAGAUAGUUUUUAGGUUUCCAUUAAAUAUGUAGUUUCCAUCACAUAUUUUCCCAGGUUAAAAGGCUGAAAAUUUUUAUG